AUGCUGGCACAUCAUCUGUUACGGAGCGGAUGUGCCGCGCGCUCGAUUCCACCAGCGUGGGGACAGCACGUUCGGGCACCUGCUCUGACAUGGAGUGGUCAGCGCGUCUUACGAGCAACGUCUGUACGGAUCUUCGCGACUACGCCUCGUCACAGGAAGGAUGAAGCCCGAAUACAAACUCUACAGAAAGAGAUCCAGGGGAAGAUUCAAGGGCAGCAGGGUGUGAGGCCGGAAUCUAUGCAGAAAGAGAGGCCUGCUGUUCCAGGAAAGCAGGAUGCUUUCAUGUCUGAAAAAACGGUGUCCAACAAAGAGCAGCGCAAGGCGGACUGGGCGAUAAUGAAGGAGAUGUCGAGAUAUCUAUGGCCGAAGGACAACCUUGGAACCAGGCUCAGAGUUGGGCUGUCUGUGGGUUUACUGGUCGGCGCAAAGAUAUUGAAUGUGCAAGUCCCAUUCUACUUCAAAAGCAUUGUAGACUCGAUGAACAUAGACUUCCUGGCCGUGGGUGGGACGGCAUGGACAGUAGCCGGCUCGAUGAUUCUUGCAUAUGGCGUCACCAGAAUCAGCGCCACCCUCUUCCAAGAAGCACGAAACGCAGUCUUCGCAAGCGUUGCCCAGAAGGCUAUACGGCGUGUUGCUUGCAGCGUCUUCGAGCAUCUUUUGCGGCUGGACCUAAACUUCCACCUCUCCCGCCAAACCGGGGGCUUGACAAGAGCCAUUGACAGAGGCACGAAAGGGAUCAGCUUCCUGCUGACAUCCAUGGUCUUCCACGUACUUCCUACCGCGCUAGAGAUCUUCCUAGUGUGCGGUAUCCUCACAUACCAAUACGGCGCCCAAUUCGCCGUCAUCACCGCAACUACCAUGGUUGCAUACACCGCGUUCACGAUCCUGACCACCUCCUGGCGGACCAAGUUCCGGAAAGCCGCCAACGCCGCAGACAACAGGGCCGCAACCGUGGCCGUCGACUCUCUGAUCAACUACGAAGCCGUAAAAUACUUCAACAACGAGAAAUACGAAGUCUCCCGCUACGACUCGGCCCUAAAAGCCUACGAAGCAGCCUCCAUCCGCAUCGCCACCUCCCUCGCUCUGCUCAACAGCGGCCAAAACCUCAUCUUCUCCUCCGCCCUGACCGCAAUGAUGUACCUCGCCGCGUCCGGCGUCGCGUCCGGCAACCUCACCGUCGGCGACCUCGUCAUGGUGAACCAGCUCGUGUUCCAGCUGUCCGUGCCGCUGAACUUCCUCGGCAGCGUGUAUCGAGAGCUCAGGCAGAGUCUGCUGGACAUGGAGACGCUGUUUAACCUUCAAAAAGUUAAUGUAGCUGUCAAGGAGAAGGAGGGCGCGAAGCCGCUGCUGUUGACGGGCGGGGAGAUCAGGUUCGAGAACGUGACGUUCGGGUAUACGCCCGCGAGGCCGAUCCUCAAGAACCUCAACCUCACCAUCCCGGCCGGCAAGAAGGUUGCUAUUGUUGGCCCGUCCGGGUGCGGGAAGUCGACGAUUCUGCGGCUGCUGUUUAGGUUCUAUGAUGUCCAGGAGGGGAGGAUCUUAAUUGAUGGGCAGGACAUCAGGGACGUGAGUUUGGAGAGCCUGAGGAAGGCGAUUGGAGUCGUGCCGCAGGAUACGCCGCUGUUUAACAACACGAUCGAGCAUAAUAUCCGCUAUGGGAAUAUGGAAGCUAGCCCCGAACAAGUUCGCGCUGCUGCGGAGAGGGCGAGGGUGAGCGAGACGAUUGCGCACUUUCCGGAGGGGUAUCAGACCAUGGUUGGGGAAAGGGGAAUGAUGAUAUCAGGCGGUGAGAAACAGCGCCUAGCCAUCUCGAGACUCAUCCUGAAAGAUCCACCUCUGCUCUUCUUCGACGAAGCGACAUCUGCCCUGGAUACGCACACCGAAACCGCGCUCCUCCAGAACAUCAACAGCAUCCUGAAAGAAAAGAAGCGCACAUCGGUCUUCGUGGCGCACCGACUCCGCACCAUCUACGACAGCGACCUCAUCAUCGUGCUGAGCGGGGGCGACGUUGCCGAGAGCGGGACGCACGAAAAGCUGAUUGACCAGGGAGGUGUCUACUCGGAGUUGUGGAGUGCACAAGAGAUGAAGUUCGGUGACAAUGCCGAGGAUGUCGCUCUCGCUGAGGAUGUGGAGGAGAGGGACCGGCGGGAAGUGAGUAGGUAG